UUGUAUUGAAAUUGGGUACAGAUUAUGGAUGGUGUUAAGGUUAUUGCAGAUGGUAUGAGGCGGGAAAUAGAUGCUGGAAAAGAGAUUGGACUUAAAUAUGUGAGUUCCCGUUGCUCAAUCUCUGAAAUGGAUGACCAUGAUCUCUCAAAGCUACUUGAUAAGCCCAGAUUAAAGAUGGAGAGAAAGAGAUCAUUUGAUGAGAGGUCACUUAGCGAGUUAACAACUGGUCUGCACAGAGGUCUAGAAAGUUACGAGAGUGCAUACUCACCUGGACGGUCAACACCGGACACCCCUCCAUCUGCUGGGAGUUUUUUCGAGCCACAUCCUAUAGUUGGAGAUGCAUGGGAAGCACUCCGAAGGUCCUUGGUGUACUUUCGCGCUCAACCAGUUGGCACAAUUGCUGCUGAUGAUCAUGCGUCUGAGGAGGUCUUAAACUAUGAUCAGGUAUUUGUUCGAGAUUUUGUACCAAGUGCGCUGGCUUUUCUAAUGAAUGGUGAGCCUGAUAUCGUUAAAAAUUUCCUAUUGAAGACACUUCAGCUUCAAGGGUGGGAAAAACGAAUAGACAGGUUCAAACUGGGUGAGGGUGUUAUGUCAGCUAGUUUCAAAGUUCUUCACAAUCCAAUUCGCAAGACAGAAACAAUUAUAGCAGAUUUUGGCGAGAGUGCGAUAGGAAGAGUGGCUCCAGUUGAUUCUGGUUUCUGGUGGAUAAUUCUUCUCCGUGCAUAUACAAAAUCUACCGGAGACCAAUCUCUGGCUGAAACACCUGAAUGCCAGAAGGGGAUGAGACUUAUUCUUGCCUUGUGUCUCUCAGAAGGAUUUGACACAUUUCCAACGUUGCUAUGUGCUGAUGGUUGUUCAAUGAUUGAUCGGAGAAUGGGAAUUUAUGGCUACCCGAUUGAGAUCCAAGCACUCUUCUUUAUGGCAUUACGAUCUGCUUUGUUAAUGCUGAAGCCUGAUCAAGAAGGAAAAGAGUUUAUUGAGAGAAUAGUGAAGCGUUUGCACGCCUUGAGUUAUCAUAUGAGAAGUUACUUUUGGCUAGACUUCCAACGAUUAAAUGACAUAUACCGGUAUAAAACCGAGGAAUAUUCUCAUACUGCCGUGAAUAAAUUUAAUGUAAUUCCUGAUUCAAUCCCUGAUUGGGUAUUUGAUUUUAUGCCAAUGCGUGGUGGUUACUUUAUCGGAAAUGUUAGUCCUGCACGGAUGGAUUUUAGAUGGUUUGCUUUAGGUAAUUGUAUUGCUAUCUUAUCUUCACUUGCCACUCCUGAGCAAGCUUCUGCCGUUAUGGACCUUAUAGAAGCAAGGUGGGAGGAGCUGGUUGGAGAAAUGCCUUUAAAAAUAUGUUAUCCAGCACUUGAAAGUCAUGAAUGGCGAAUAGUAACUGGCUGUGAUCCAAAGAAUACAAGAUGGAGUUAUCAUAAUGGAGGAUCUUGGCCAGUGCUUUUAUGGAUGCUAACAGCCGCAUGCAUAAAAACUGGACGCAUACAAAUUGCAAGACAAGCAAUUGAUCUUGCAGAGAGCCGUUUGCUGAAGGAUAGCUGGCCUGAAUAUUAUGAUGGGAAAUUAGGAAGAUAUAUAGGUAAGCAAGCUAGGAAGUACCAGACGUGGUCCAUUGCUGGGUAUCUUGUGGCUAAAAUGAUGUUGGAGGAUCCUUCAAACUUGGGAAUGAUCUCUCUUGAGGAAGACAAGCAAAGGAAGCAUGUUAUUAGGAGAUCCUCGUCAUGGACUUGCUGACAAGCUUCAUUUACAAACCCUGUAAAGCAAAAGAAAAUGUAGAGAAAGCUGAUCAACAUGAGACGCCAUGUUUGUGUUGUUGAAAAGAACAGUUGUCUGCAAUUUCCUCCACGUAGGUUUGAUGAAAAUUUUGUUUUUGUUUACAUUUAGAGUCUCAUAAGAUUAGCAUAUUUGUCUUUGGAGUAUAAGAGGGAAUCAUUUGUGUUUAGCUCUUCAAA